ACAAAAAUAAACACUUUUAGAAAGUAAAAGAUGUAUAAAGUUAACUUAAGUUUUUGAUACAGCACUAUUAAAAAAUUAAAUUUACGCACUCUAAACUUAAAUACAUUCCACAUUGUGAUAAAUUAAUGCAAUUGUAACAGUAUCAUGGCAGCAACGAAGGAAAAAAUACUCACGAAUGGCGACAAAAAAGGAAAAGAUUCAACAGAAAAGACUCCAACCGGCGUUUAUAUCGUUUUUGUAUCAAUGUUACUGGAUCUCCUUUCCUUUACUUUGAUACUCCCACUAUUUCCGUCACUUUUGGAAUAUUACGAACAACACGACAAAAAUGGCCUGUACAGCUAUUUAUCGAGCAGCAUCCGGUCGUUCCAAGAAUUCAUGCAAAUCCCAACGAAAUUUAAUUCUGUCCUGUUUGGCGGAUGUUUGGGCUCAAUGUUCAGUUUUUUGCAAUUUGUGGCGUCGCCUAUCGUUGGAGCGCUUAGUGAUGUUCACGGAAGAAAGCCUGUGUUGUUAAUUUGUCUCGUGGGAAUUGCUUCAUCGUACUUAUUGUGGGCCUAUUCGAGAAAUUUUGGAAUUUUCGUGUUGGCGAGAUUUAUUGGAGGCUUGAGUAAAGGAAAUAUUUCGUUAAGUAUGGCCAUUAUUACAGACAUGACAAAUCAAAAAACCCGAGGAAAGGGAAUGGCUCUCGUUGGAAUCGCAUUUUCGUUGGGAUUUAUCGUUGGACCGAUGAUUGGAGCGAUUUUUUCAAAAAUUAGUGAUAAAUCGGCGGAGCAGUGGUUUUACUAUCCGGCAAUUUUUGCGAUGAUUUUGGCGGUUGCUGAUAUAAUUUUUGUUGUAUUUUGCUUAAAAGAAAGCCUUCCGCGAGAAAAACGAUCAAAACAACUGUUUGACAGUUUGUCACAAGCAACGCAUUAUAUCAACAUCAGAUCCUUGUUCACAUAUGUGCAAGUUAAAGGAUUGAGUAGAAGAGACCUGGAUGAUCUCAAAAGAAUCAGUUUUAUCUAUUUUGUGUAUUUAUUUAUUUAUUCGGGACUUGAAUUUACGAUAACAUUCCUCAUGUAUCAUCAUUUUAAUUAUACUUCGAUUGAUCAGGCGAAAAUGUUCCUCACUACGGGAGUAAUUAUGACAAUAUUGCAAGGAGGUGUUGUAAGGAGAUUAUCUCCAAAUUUGUCACAAAAAUCGGCUGUUUUUGGAUUGUAUCUAAUUAUUCCGUCAUUCAUCAUAAUUGGUUUCGCCAAAAACUCUUUCAUGCUGUAUGCGGGAAUGGUACUUUUCGCCAUAUCAACCGCUUUUGUCGUGACCUGUUUAACAACCCUGAUAUCAAGAUACGGCAGUUUCGAUCAAAAAGGAUCCAUUUUGGGAAUUUUCCGUUCCAUUGGAGCUCUGGCUCGAGCAGUUGGUCCAAUAAUUGCCUCCUUGUGCUUUUGGAGUUUUGGUGCAAAAGUGACUUACGUCGUUGGGGGAAUAAUGCUGUUUUAUCCAGCAUUAACGUUGCAAUCAUUAAAUUUAUCGCAAAAAAUACAGUAUUAGUAUUUGUGUCUUAAUUUUUUUUUGUAUGAACCGUUAUUUAUUGUUUUUAUUGUUAAAAUAUUUUUUUUUUAAAUAAGAGGUAUUAAGGGGAACAAAUAUUUUUGUACGUACUAAAUAAUUUUUUUUAUAAAUAAAAAAUGUAUUUUAUAAAUAAAAAUAAUAUUUUAUAAAUAUUAUAAUUAAUUUUUAAAUAAAUAAAAUUUAUU